AUGGCGUUGCAGUGGAUGAUACUGACGUACGUGGUGGCAGCAGAGGCAGCCUUGGCCUUCCUCUUAACCCUUCCUGCGCCGAAGCUCUUGAAGAAUCAAUUCGUGUCGUUGGUCUCUCUCAUCCUCCAACCUGCCCUCUUCAUCGUUCCAUUCGCCGGCUUUCAGCUCCUUGAUAUAUAUUGGAAGAAUGAGCACCGCCUGUCCUGCACCUCUGAGAUCUGCACCGCUGCUGAGCGUGACCGCUAUGAGAAAUCCAUCUACAAGGCUCAAAGGAAUGUAAUUCUUUGCGCUUCAGCAUGUCUGCUUUACUGGUGUCUUUUUCGCAUCUGUAAAUAUUACAAGGACAUUCAGAAAUUGGAAGAAGUGGAGAAGGGGUACAAGAAGGAGUAG